AUUUUUUUUCAUUUACUAAAAUCCGUUUUUUUUCAUUUCUUUAAAAUUAAUAACCAAAAUAAAUCUCUCUAUCUCUCUGCAUUUUUCUUUGGUUUUCUCAUUUUUUUAAGAGCUACCGUUUCUUCCAGCUCUCUCUUCGUUGCAGAAUUCAAGAUCCUUCUCGGCACUGAAUGACAGAGAUUACUAACUGUACUGUAGAAUCUUCACAAAGAAGCUUUUAGAAGAAGAUUUGGCUGACUGAGAAAGUGAACAAAAAAGGCGAAAUUUCCAGAUUUUGAAAUUUUGAGGCAAGAUGGAUAGUUAAUGUGCUUGCAAGUUGAUCGGAAUUUGAAGAGGAGAUGGGCAGGCGGCGUUUUACGGAGACGAUAAAAUCGUUUUUUGGAAGUCACUUUGAUCCAGAGAAAGAUGAACAGCUGAAAGGAGAAAAAAUAGAUAUCGAUGAUAGAGUGGAAAGGAUUUUAAAGCUUAUUAAAGAGCAAGAUGGGAUCUCAGCAGAGAAUUCCAAAAGUGAACCUCUUACUGUGUUAAUUGAGGAUCUCCACAAGCACUGCCACUCCCUAUAUGAGCGAUAUGAUCAUCUGACAGGACAGCUACAUAGCAAGUUCAAACAAGGAACAGAUGGCUCGUCUUCAUCAAGCUCGGAUUCAGAUUCUGAUAAUUCUUCGAAGAAGAAAGGAAGUAAAAAUGGAAAAUUGGAAAGCCAAUAUAAGAAAAUAACAGAAGAUGUAAAGCAAGAACUUCAAGUGGCGAAUUUAGAAAUAGAAGACCUGACGAGUAAGUUGACAGCUGCAGCUGAAGAAAAGGAAGCUUUGAAUGCAGAAUAUCUGACUGCUUUAAGCAGGAUACAAGAAGCAGAGGAAGUUGUUAGAAAUUUGAAGUUAGAGGCUGAAAGAUUUGAUGUCGAGAAAAAGAAACUUUUGGUUGAGAAUGAACAAAUGAAGCAAGAACUAGAUGCUUCUGAAAAUAAAGCCGAAGAACUGAACCAGAGAUUGGGGGAGAUGACGAAAGAGAAAAAUGACUUGAAUCUAGAAUUUGCAGACUUGAAAAGUAAGUUGGCAGCUACGACUGAAGAAAAGGAAGCUUUCAGUUUGGGAAAUCAGAGAGCUUUAAGCAGGAUACAAGAAGUAGAGGAGAUCAUUACAAAUUUGAAGUUGGAAUCUGAGAAUUUAGAGGCAGAAAAGGCGAAGAUCUUGGCUGAGAAUAAAGAACUGAAACAGAACCUAGAUGCUUAUGGCAUUAAAGAAACAGAACUGAAUCAGACAUUGGAGGAGAUGACCAAAGAGAAAAAUGACUUGAAUCUAGAAUUUGCAGACCUGAAAAGUAAGUUGGCAGCUACAACUGAAGAAAAAGAAGCUUUUAGUUUGGAACAUCAUACAGCUUUAAGCAGGAUACGAGAAGUAGAGGAGAUGAUUACAAAUUUGAAGUUGGAAUCUGAAAAUUUAGAGGCAGAGAAGGCAAUAUUUUUGGCUGAGAAUAAGGUGCUGAAGCAAAACUUAGAUGCUUCUGGCUUUAAAGAAGCAGAACUGAAUCAGAGAUUGCAGGAGAUGAGCACAGAGAAGGAUGGCUUGGCUCUGGACAAAGAGACCGCCAUAAAAAAGAUUGAAGAGGGUGAGAAAGUAGCAGAAGAAUUAAAAAUGGCUGCUAACAAGUUGCAAGAAGAGAAGUUAGCUCUUGUGCAGGAACUAGAGAAGUUUACCGCAGAAGUUGCUAGUGUAAAUCAGCAAUUAGAUGCUUCUGGAAUUAAAGAAGCAGAAUUAAAUCGGAGAUUGGAAGAGAUUAGCACAGAGAAGGACGGCUUGGCUUUGGAGAAAGAGAUUUCCAUUAAAAAGAUUGAAGAGGGGGAGAAAUUGGCGGAAGAACUAAAACUCACUGCUAAUAAGCUGCAAGAAGAGAAAUUAGCUCUUGGGCAAGAACUAGAAAGGUUUACCGCGGAAGUUGCUAGUGUGAAGCAGCAACUAGAUGCUUCUAGCAUAAAAGAAGCAGAACUGAAUCAGAGAUUGGAGGAGAUGAGGACAGAGAAAGAUGGCUUGGCUCUGGAGAAAGAGACUGCCAUUAAAAAGAUUGAAGAAGGUGAAAAAGUAGUCGAAGAAUUGAAUAUCGCUGUUAAUAAGCUGCAAGAAGAGAAAUUAGCUCUUGGGCAAGAGCUUGAAAAGUCUACUGCAGAAGUUGCUAGUGUGAAGCAGCAGCUAGAUGCUUAUGCUAUUAAUGAAGCAGAACUGAAUCAGAGAUUGGAAGUGAUGAGCACAGAGAAAGAUAACUUGGCUCUGCAGAAAGAGACUUCCAUUAAAAAGAUUGAAGAGAGAGAAAAAGUUGCAGAAGAAUUAAAAACCGCUGCUAAUAAACUGCAAGAGGAGAAAUCCGCUCUCGGGAAAGAACUUGCAAGGUUUACCGCAGAAGUUGCCAGUGUGAAGCUGCUAUUAGAUGCUUCUGGCAUUAAAGAAGCAGAGCUAAAUCAGAAAUUGGAGGAGAUGAGUGCUGAGAAUAAUGACUUGGGUCUGGAGAAAGCAGAUGCCAUUAAAAAGAUCGAAGAGGGAGAGAAAGUAGCAGAAGAAUUAAAAAUCGCUGCGAAUAAGCUACAAGAAGAAAAGUUUUCUCUCGGGCAAGAACUAGAAAGGUUAACCGCAGAAGUUGCCAGUGUGAAGCAGCAACUAGAUGCUUCUGUCAUUAAAGAAACAGAACUAAAUCAGAGGUUGGAGGAGAUGAGCACAGAGAAAAAUGACAUGGCUCUGGAGAAAGAGACUGCCAUUAAAAAGAUUGAAGAGGGAGAAAAAGUUGCGGAAGAAUUAAAAAUCGCUGCUAAUAAACUGCAAGAGGAGAAAUCAUCUCUCGGGCAAGAACUUGAAAGGUUUACCGUAGAAGUUGCCAGUGUGAAGCUGCUAUUAGAUGCUUCUGGCAUUAGAGAAGCAGAACUAAAUCAGAAAUUGGAGGAGAUGACCGCUGAGAAAAAUGACUUGGGUCUGGAGAAAGCGGAUGCCAUUAAGAAGAUUGAAGAGGGAGAGAAAGUAGCAGAAGAAUUAAAAAUCGCUGCGAAUAAGCUACAAGAAGAGAAGUUUGCUCUCGGGCAAGAACUAGAAAGGUUAACCGCCGAAGUUGCUAGUGUGAAGCAGCAACUAGAUGCUUCUGGCAUUAAAGAAGCAGAACUCAAUCAGAGGUUGGAGGAGAUGAGCACAGAGAAAAAUGGCAUGGCUCUGGAGAAAGAGACUGCCAUUAAAAAGAUUGAAGAGGGAGAAAAAGUUGCAGAAGAAUUAAAAAUCGCUACUAAAAAGCUACAAGAAGAGAAGUUAGCUCUUGUGCAAGAACUUGAAAGGUUUACUGAAGAAGUUGCUAGUGUAAAGGAGCAACUAGAAUCUUCCAAGCUGCAAGCUGCAGAUUUUAGCCACAACCUGUCGGUUACGGAGGAAGAGAAUAAAUCUCUGACUUCAACAAUUUCAGUACUAAAUCAAAGAUUGGAAGUUUUGAUUGGUGAGAAAGACAACCUACUCGUGGAGAAAGAGACUGCAGUGAGAAGAGCUGAAGAGGCAGAGAAGAUUGUUGAAGAAUUAAGAACCUUGGCUGAUCAACUGCAGGAUGAAAAAGUAACUAGGGCGCAACAACUAGACACUCUCAGGGCUGAAAUUUCCAGCACAAAGCAGCAACUAGAAUCCACAGAACAGAAGGUAUCAGAUCUAACGCACAAUUUGAGAGUUUCUGAAGACGAGAAGGCUUCUCUAAUCUUAAAAGUUUCAAGCAAUUCAAAUGAGAUUCAACAGGCACAGAAUACAAUACAAACACUUGAGGCUGAAUCAGGUCAACUGAAGGAGAAACUGGAUGAUAGGGAAAAAGAGUUUUCAUCCAUUUUAGUAUUGAAUGAGGUAAAUUUAAGUAAGCGCUCAACCCAAAUAAAGGAAUUAGAGGCUCGAGUGACUGGUCUUGAGCUGGAGCUUGCGUCAGCACAGGGUCAGAAUAGAGAAAUGGAGGUGCAGAUCGAGGGUAAGGUGUCUGAAGCAAAACAACUGGUGGAAGAAAAUCUACGACUAGCAUCAAGGUAUGAAGAGCUUGAGAUGAUGUCAAAAGAGAGGGAAGAUGAACUAUCUGCUCUUACGAAGAAGCUUCAAGAUAAUGAGAAAGAAUCAUUGUCUCGAGUAGAAAGUCUGACAGAACAACUCAACUCUCUGCUAGCGGAAGUGGAUUCUUUACAUGCCCAAAAAGCAGAGUUGGAAGUGCAUAUUGUUAGUAAAGGCGAUGAAUCAUUGAUCCAGGUUAAGGGUCUCAUUGAUCAGGUUAAUGAAUUAGAGAGGCAAAUGGAGUCUUUACAGAGUGAGAAAGCUGAGUUGUUACUGCAACUUGAGGAUAAAACUCAGGAAAUUUCAAAGUUUCUGAUUCAAAUAGAAACUUUGAAAGAGGAGAUAGCAUGCAAGACUGAAGAUCACCAGAGAAAUCUUGGAGAGAAAGAAAGUUUGACAGGGAAAAUUGAUGAUCUGGGAUUGCAGAUUGAGACUCUUUGUAACCAGAAAUUGGAUCUUGAAGAGAAAAUAAGAACGGAAAUCAAAGAAAGUGGGCAGUUGAAAGAGGAAAUGCAAGGCUUACGUGAUCAAAUAAAUGAAUUGGAAAAAAUCGUAGCAGAGAGAGAGCUUGAGUUAGCUGCCCUCCAGGAGAGACAUGAAAAAGAAGAGGAUGAAGCUUCUGAGAAGAUAAUGUCCUUAACUUCACAGACUAACCAUCUGGAACUGGAUUUGGAGGCCUUGCAGUUUAAGAAAAAUGAAUUGCAGUCGCAGCUUGAGAAAGAGAGAAAAGAGCUUCGGGAGAGCCUCACCGCGAUGGAAAAUGAAAAGACAGAAUUCAUGAGCCAAAUUGCAGAUCUGCAAAAGAUAAUGGAAGAAAAGGAGGACGCUUUCAGGAAGUUAACAGAGGAGUGUAAGGAAAUGGUGCUUUCCCUCCAGGAUUGCAGGGGAAAUCUCAAAGUAGCUGAAAGAAAAUUGGAAGAAUCCAACGAGAACUGCGGUUUCAAAGAUGAAACAGUAGCUGAAUUGGAAAGAGAAAUUGAGGACCUGAAGAGGGAUCUUGAGCUAAAAGGCGAUGAGCUCACUUCUACAGUUGUGGAUGUAAGGAAUAUUGAAGUGAAGCUUCGGUUAUCAAACCAGAAACUCCGGGUCACAGAACAAUUACUAUCCGAGAAUGAAGGGAUUUUUAAAAAAGCAGAAGCAGGUUACCUGCAAGAGCAGAGAAGACUGGAGGAAAAAGUUGCUACACUGUCGGGGGUGAUUGCUGCUAAUAGACAGGCUUGUCAUAAGAUGGUCACGGAUAUCUCGGAAACAGUAAAUGGUACAUCGAAAGGAAUGGAAGCUCUCACACUCAGAACCGAAGAAGACUAUAGCAGACAUUCACAAUGUAUUUUGGAACUGUCGAAAGAGAUUCAGGUUGUGAAGAAUCAAGCAGUUGAGAUGAAGAAUGAGAAGGAAAAACUUGGAAAAGAAGUCGGUACUCUAGUCGAGCGACUACAGGUUAUUAAAGAGCAAGAAUCAGCAUUGAGAGCAAAAGUCAAACAACUCGAGGUCAAGGCAAGCAAGGACGAAGGGGAGAAACAGAACUUAACCAAUGCUGCUACUGAACUGCAGAGAAAGUUGACAGCAAUGGAGACAUUGAUGAAAGAGAAGGAUGAAGGCAUGGUAGACCUCGGCGAAGAGAAGAGGGAGGCCAUACGGCAGCUUUGCGUGUGGAUUGAUUAUCACCAGAAUCGCUAUGAUCAUCUCAGAGAAAUGGUGUCCAAGAUGCCUGCAAGAGGGCAGAGAACAGCUUAAAAAGGUUGCUUUUUAUUUAUUUAUCACAGUGCGUUCGUUGUAGCUAUUGUUAGACUAUAAUGUUUCAUUUCUUCAUUAUUUUUCCUAUUCCUAAAGGUCACUGUGAUUUUAGGUGACAGUAGUCGGUUUUUAGUUGCCGUAUCAUAAGGUUGGCUUGCAAUUGAUUCAUAGAGUUGUAUAGAAUUUUUUUCAUAUUGUCUGUUGUCCUUGAAAAUAUGGUUUAAUAUUUUUAAUUCAAUUUAUAGCAUAAAAAGUUAAUAUAGUUA